AAUGUCCAUCAUUGUUCGUUCACGAUGCUAGCGGCCCGUCGCUCGACCUCUAAGUACUUAGUGUUAAUGUCGACAUAUCGUUACUUCGAGCGAGCGAUGCUGACUUCAAGAACUUGUCGAGUGGCACAUCCUCAGGCUUUACGCCGACAACCAAGUCGGCUUGAAUUACGAUCAGACACCUACUGCUACUUAAAGCCGGGCCCGCCGAGGUCAUUGUCCGCUCAAACAAGUACAAUGGUAACCCCAAUGCUAUUGUUCGCAGCGCCACUGUAUAAAUUGACCUCAAGCCAUGACUUUGUACACCCUAGCACCACCCCACAAACCUUACUUAGUGAUACCUCGCACUCCCCCACUGCGAAACCAACCACUUACUCAUCAAUGGAUAACUUCGACUCCCUCUCCCUCGGCCUCGAGCUCGACUUCGAGCCAGCAGAACUCUUUCCCCAACAAAUCCCAGCUGCAGAGUUGGAGUCGCCUAUACCAAUAGACUUGGAGCGGCAGGACGCUGUGAUACACGGCGCGGGCUGCGUUAUUGCUUGAAAGAAAUCCAGAGCAGCCUGCUUUGACAGCAGCACACAUUCACAUUCACACCCACAACCACGCUCCUUUCGCGUAUAUUCAUGACAGGUCCAUAGUUCUUUCGCCGUCGCGUUCAACUUCGUCUUCUCUUAGCCUACUAUGUCCCUGUAGUUUUUGAACCUUUUUAUUUUUAUUACUACAAAUUGUACAAUAAGCAUGCUACGUACACUGUAGACAAAUUCGCAGAAAUUUAUUUCAUUCGUUUGCAUUUUAAUUAGUC